CUGACUUUCCUCAUCCGGUUCCGCCGCCGCUGCGGCCACAACGGCGAGUCUUCCAAACUCCGGUGAGCGUAGAAAUGGCCCGCCUCCUCCUCCAUCGUAGCCUCAGCUAUUCCACCUCCGCCGCCGACAUGGUCGUCUCCUCCAUCCGCCUCCUCUCCGCCACCAACCCCACCAAAUCAGCCCCAACCCCCACUCCUGUCCACCCCAUUAACCCCAAUCCCGAUCCAGUAGCAGCUCCUCCCCCUCCUCCUCGCACCACCACCACCAACCUCCUGUCCCCGGCGGACCGCCUCCGCGGGGUCUUCCUCCAGAAGCCCCCCGGCCGCGCCGCCCUCCACCGGGCCCUCUCCUCCACGGGCCUCGACGCCCUCUCCCCGGAGGUUCUCUCCGAUGUGGUCAGCCGCGGCAACCUCAGCGGCUCCGCCACCGUCGACCUCCUCGACUGGGCCAUCUCCAGCGCCAAGCUCCCCCCUUCCAUACAUACCUGCAACAUCGUCAUCAGGGCUCUGGGCAGGAGGAAGUUCUUCACCUCAGUCGAGCCUGCCCUGGAGGUAAUGCGGAAAAAUGGCGUCUUUCCGGACCUAACCACGCUGCAGAUCAUCAUGGAUACUCUGGUUGCUGCCAGGCAGGUCAACAAGGCCGUCCAACUGCUCGAGAGCGACCAAUUUGGGUUAGGAAUUGGGCAAACUUGCCACAGAAAGGAGGCCUUCUCUGCUCUCAUCGAAUGCCUCUGCCGGAGGUCACAUGUCGGCGUUGCCAGUUCGCUCGUACAGGUUGCCCGUGGACAACCAUUCAGUCUUGAUAAACAAGUGUACAAUGACGUGCUUGGCGGUUGGGCGAGGUUUGGGAGGGUUGAUAAGCUGCAGCAUUUCUGGGCAAUGAUGCAGGAGGAUGGGCUAGUGCCCGAUGAUGUUUCGCAUUGCCAUCUCAUCGAGGCAUUGGGGAGGGCAGGGCAGACCGAGGAGGCGCUCAGGGUGUUUGAGAAAAUGGCACAAGAGGGAUAUGGUCCAACUACGAUGGCCUACAAUGCACUUGUUUUCAAUUUUAUCUCACUGGGGGACUUGGACAGGUCCAUCAGGUAUUACAAGGAUAUGGUGGACAAUAAUUGUCCUCCAAACAGUGACACAUACUGCAAGAUGAUUAGAGCCCAUCUGAAAGCACGCAGGGUGGCUGAUGCACUUCAAAUGUUUGAUGACAUGCUGGCUCAAGGAGUUCUGCCAGAUACAGGCUUAAUUACAUCAUUCAUCGAGCCACUUUGCACGUUUGGGCCUCCUCAUGCUGCCUUGAUGAUCUACCAAAAGAGUAGGAAGGCUGGGUGUACGAUAUCCUUGAAAGCAUACAAGCUUCUGCUUGAAAGGCUUGCCAGGUUUGGGAAAAGCGGCACAGUGUUGAACAUUUGGGAGGAGAUGCAAGAGAGCGGGUAUCCAUCCGAUAAAGAAAUUUACGAGUUUAUUGUAAAUGGGCUUUGCAAUGUGGGUAAGGUUGAUGCUGCUGUUUCUGUGGUGGAGGAAUCACUUAGGAAAGGCUUCUGUCUAGGGAGAGUUGUUUAUAGCAAACUGAAUGACAGGCUGCUGGAGAUGGACAAAGUGGAGACUGCAUACAAUUUGUCAAAGAAAAUCAAACAUGGUCGCACACUUGCUAAUUCACGCAACUAUUGUCGUGCUAAUGGUUGGCACCUGUGAUUUGUGAACAUAUUUAGCUGGCACGUAACUAUUUGGUAUGCUGGUGAAAGCAGUUCCAUAUGGGUUUAAAAGUACCCUCAUUUGCAUUCUGCGGAAAAUUUGGCAAAGGUUCUGUAACUACCUAUGCCAUUAUCUUCACACGAUGUAGGCUGUUUAGUUUUCAUGAAGAUGCAAUCAUGGAUUCAAGAGAUAAUUGCCCAGAACAGUUGCUAUCAGGUAUGAGGACUGGUUGAACAAUUACACAAGAAGGAAAUGAAAAGACAGGACAUCUUAUUUAGAAAUGAUGAAAUCCGUGGGGCUUGCAACCACAGAAUGAAAUCCCAUACGACAAAUCUCCUCUGUGGCUUGUCAGGUGCUAUUUUCGAGCAAGUUAUCAGCAGAUACUGUGGUUGAACAUGAUUUCUAGCAAAGAAUAGAGAGGAUGAAAUGUCCACAACUUCUUUCGCCUGGGAAUAUCUGAUAUUUGGAUCCACCCAUCAGAGCUGCAUGCUAGACAACGGAUAUUUGUGUUAGUGUCGAUGCUGGCUACAUUAGAACGGUUCUGAGGCCCCACUUGAUUUUUUGUUCAUCUUUGGUAUCAACUUGGAAGGCAAUUAUCCAUGGAUAUGAUUCAGCAUUUAAUGAUGUUUUCUUAACAUCUGUGCCGAAGACUAUACUUGUGUUUGUGAAAUGAGCACUUGAAUAAUUGGAUUUCCUGAAUGCUUCUUGUACCAAUUCAGGACUUCUAUUAUUUCCUUGGAUUUCUCGAGUUUGUAGCAAUGAAAAAAAUUGCGCGCUACAGAAAAUAGCGUGGCCCUUGAAAAUACGCUAUUAGCGAGGAAUUGUACAUCGAUUUAUUUAGCAAGACAAUUCUCUAUAUGCUAUAGCGUGCUAUUAGCGACGCUAUAGCGCGCUAUUUUUUUCAGUGGUUUGUAGUGUUGUUAGUAAGGUGGUGGUGGCCAUCAUGAGCAUUUACUUCUGACACUUCUUGUAUGAGAAUGAACUUGCCCUGUUAUCCCUUCCAUGAGCAGAUUAGCAACCCUCUGAGCUCUUGUUUAUCAUUGAUCUAAUGAUCCUGGUCUUAUUGCAGUAUAGAUUGUGAGAUAGAAACACCAUUGUCCUCCUUUCAUGUUUUCGUGUGCUACUUGUGAAAGAUAUUGAAGAACAAACAAGCUGUUUAUUUCCCUGAAAUACCUUUCAACUAUUGUGUAUAUUCAUAUCUGAAAAAUGAAGUUCGUUUCC